AUGGAUCCGCCAGAUCCGUCAACAUCGGCUGUGGCACCGAGUGUAGCUCAGUUUUUGCAGCAAGCGGGCAUCACAUCGCAAGAAGAAGUGGCCAAUCGAUUGUUGGCCAUGCAGCAACAGAUAGACACCCAAGCUCAACAGCAGCAGCAGUCGCAAGUGCAGCUCCGAGAAGCGGUUGUCAUGAUGCGAGCUUUGCAAGGUCAGCUCAGUGAUGCUAUGUCCAGAGUGCAAGCGGCAGAGCAGGUAGAUAGCAAGGGUGUUGGCCAGCCGUUCAAGUACAACGGUGGGGCCGAUCAAGACUGGAGUCACAAAGUCACCACGUACUUGAAGGCCAAGUUCGGCUUCGAAGUAGCAAAGGCUUUGAAGUGGGCAGUGCAGCAGCGAAAGACGAUUGUGGAACAUCUCCCAGGAGGAGCGCUUACCAGUGCAGAUGGCCGCCAGAUUGCGUUUGACCCUGUCUACGGAGAGCAGGCAGAUGAGAUGGAUCGCAUUCCCAAUCUUUCAAAGACCGUCGUUGGCAUCUACACGUACCUGAUUGCUUUUACAACAGGGGAUUCCAACAAGAUUGUGCACAAUGCCGGGUCCGAUGCCGGAUUGGAGGCCUGGCGACGGCUCCACAACGAGUACGACCCAACCUCGGCGAUGCGACGUGUCACGAUUUUGGGCUUGGUUCAGAAUCCACCCAAAUGCGAAAAGAUUGAGAACUUGGGCUCCGCACUUGAGGAUUGGUUGGCAAAGAAGCGGCAAUACGAGGUGAUGUUCCAUUCAGACGAGUAUGACAGCUUUGAAGAUCUCUAUGAUUUGAAGAUCUCUAUGAUCGUUUGGUGGCCUGAGCCUCAACGACAAGACACAAGGAAAGGGCCAAGGAGGAAAGAAGGGAAAAGGCAAGGAGGCUUCAGCGCAGUGGAGUGGGAGGAGCAGGAAGGAUGGGACCAAGAAGGAUGGGAUGGAUGGUGGUCCUCAUCGUGGAGUGAGCAGCCGGCGUCCGAACCGCCUGCCAAAGCUGAUCAGCAAGCAGGCGGCAUUGGAAGCUUAGACUUGAACCACCUCGCCAACGGAAAAAGGAGGAGUUUUGCAGCCUACGCUACGAAAGUUCACAAGCCAAUCGGCUCAGCUGCUGAGUUCAGCAGCGCCCAUGACUGUGUGUUGUGGGCGGAGGGUGGCUCUCUCAUUCCCAAGAACAGCGCGCUUGCAAUCGGACUUCGCAAAGAAUACUAUCGCUUGAAGGAGAUCCAUGGUGAAUGCGAUGAGCUCCCGCUCUACCGUGAAGGAGGCGUCUACUUCGUCUGGGGCCUCGGCCGCGGACGGUCGUCAGUCGGGAAACGCCCGGCAGGCGAAGGAGCUGUAAGGUGGAAGGUGGCAAAGCUCGUGAGAUAUCAUGUUUCACUGCGGCGUUCCCUUUUCUCGCCGCACCAAGCAAGCAACAUCCCGGUGAACAGAGAUCUCAUUUUGGGAUCCAGAACGACGGAGGCGAUCUUUGAGGACGGCUCUGUUGAGACGGUGGAGGAUGAUUGGUCCUGUGACAACAUUAUGAGGCUUAUGCAGCGCGAUGAGAGCAUUCGUGUCAAAGACGACCACAACAGGGUUCAGGAAGCAGCAGCCAAGCAGCCGCAAGAGGGGCACGGCAGAUAUCGCAAGCGUCAGGCGGAGAUGCCUGCAGAGAUGCUCCAAGCCAGAGUUUCGGGAUCUAUGCCUUCGGAUGUCAGAGCAGACCCGCCGCCGGAUCAGAUCGCAGUUGAGGCUUCGGCACAAGCGCCGGCGGAGUCGGAGCCAGUCUCAGCGGAGGAAUUUUUGAAGGAGGAAGCUGUAGACAUCGAUUCGGUGGUUGCUUACGAGGUCCUGGGUUCCGCGAUUGAGUCGGGACUCAACGCGGGCAAACAGUGGUGUUUAGACAAGGAGGAGGACAUAGCAGAGCUACAGCAGUUGAUUUCGGAUGAGCAGGAGCAGAACAGGAGCAAAGGUCUUUCUUACACGAGCAUCCGGCUGGCGCAGCAGGCUGGCAGGCUUUGCGGCGAGGUGCCUGUGACUCAACGACAGCUGGAGUUUGUUGAAGGCUUCGCCCUGUCACAGCAAAUGCAGCAGGAUGGAGAUCUCAGCGACUUGGACUUCAAGUACACGGGUCCUUUCUUCGCAGCCUACAUUCGAGGCCGACAAUGA